GCAAGAGGAGCAAAAAUAAUAAUGGAUCCGCAAACAGGACUCCCAAAAGGUUAUGGUUUUAUUAAAUUUUUAAACGAAAACGAAAGAGAUAGAGCAUUAAUAGAGAUGCAAGGUUUUUAUAUAAAUAAUAAACCAAUUAAAGUUAACAGUCCGACACAUAAAAGAUUAAAUAGUCAACUCUCAACAAUACCCGAUCUAUCCUCAACUGACCCAACCAAUACUGCAAUUUAUGUUUCACAAUUGGAUCCAUAUAUCGACGAAGGUGUAUUACAAACUAUAUUUGGUGCAUAUGGUGAAAUUUCUUUUAUAAAGAUGUUAAAUAAUAAAUUUAGUGCAUUUGUAAAUUAUGUAACAAGGGAGUCAGCAGAGGCAGCAUUUGGACUUAAUAACUAUGCAGUAGGAAAUUCACGUUUAAAAAUACAGUGGGGUAAGAAUAUAGCCCCUCCACCACCAAAAUCACCACUAAAUGGUCAGCAACUACCACCUGCACAUUAUGCAGAUGGUUACCAAUCAUAUAUGGACAAUCCAUUUGAAAACGAUCAACCACCACAAUCACCACCACCACCACCACAACACCAACACCAACAAAUACAACACCAACAAAUACAACACCAACAAAUACAACAUCAAAUGCAAUCAAAGUCUAACCAAAGUAUUUAUGAUCCCUAUUAUACUUAUUUCUCAAAAGAAAAAACUGAUAUCACUAAUGCCUAUAAUGUUAAUGAGGAUAAUAAAGCAUACAAGUCAUGGAACAA